UCAAUUGUUGUGUUCAUCAUUACCUGUGGAAGAGGAUUCGCAUAAAGAUCUCAAAAGACCUACAUUUGUCAAAUUAUUUGUUGCUUCUUCAAUUUCUUCUAAUUGUUCAGAAUAUUCUAAUUUACAAACAACGAAAAUAAAUAAAAUUAAACAACAAUUUUCAAAAAUAAAAUUACAAGGAAAACAACAAUAUAUUUUUGGCUUUAACAACAUUUGGCUGAAAAAAAGAAUGGCUUGUUCAGCAAUUUUCUUUUUGGAUAUGAAGGGAAAGGUAUUAAUUUCUCGAAAUUAUCGUGGAGAUGUUGACUUGACAAUUAUUGAAAAAUUUAUUCCUUUUCUUGUGGAUAUGGAAGAGGAAGGAAAAUUGACUCCUAUUGUCGAUGUAGCUGAUGCUAUUUUUGUGUUUAUUAAAUACAAUAAUGUUUAUGUUGUUGCCGUUUCUGACCAUAAUGUUAAUGUUGCUUUAAUGCAAACAUUUCUUUACAAACUUGUUGGAGUUUUUUCUGAAUAUUUUAAAGAUGUUGAGGAAGAAUCUGUUAAAGACAAUUUUGUUAUUAUUUAUGAAUUGCUAGAUGAAAUGAUGGAUUUUGGUUAUCCUCAAGUUACUGAAGGGAGAAUUUUGAGAGAGUAUAUAACACAAGAAGGAUAUAAAUUGGAAAAGAGCCAAAUACGCCCUCCCAUGGCUGUUACUAAUGCGGUUUCGUGGCGUUCUGAGGGUAUUAAACACAGGAAAAAUGAAGUGUUUUUGGAUGUUAUUGAAUCUUUAAAUUUGCUGGCAAAUGCAAAUGGUGUUGUUUUACAAAGUGAAAUAAUUGGUUCAGUUAAAAUGCGUGUAUUUCUAACUGGAAUGCCUGAACUUCGUUUAGGAUUAAAUGAUAAAGUUCAAUUUGAGAAUACUGGAAGAGGUAGAAGCAAAACUGUUGAAUUAGAAGAUAUUAAAUUUCAUCAAUGUGUUCGUCUAUCGAGAUUUGAAAAUGAUCGUACAAUUAGCUUCGUUCCACCUGAUGGAGAGUUUGAGUUGAUGAGUUAUAGGUUGAGUACAGUUGUUAAACCUUUGAUUUGGAUUGAAACUGUAAUUGAACGCUUUUCACAUUCACGUAUUGAAUAUAUGAUUAAGGCAAAAUCCCAAUUUAAACGUCGUUCAACAGCCAAUAAUGUAGAAAUUAUUAUACCAGCACCUCGUGAUGCAGACACUCCUCGAUUUAAAGCAGCAAUUGGACAUUGCCGUUAUGUACCAGAAGAAACUGCUUUUAUUUGGAAUAUUAAAAGUUUCCCGGGCGGCAAAGAAUAUUUAAUGAGAGCACAAUUUAAAUUGCCAAGUGUUGUUAGUGAGGAAGCUGAAAGAAAGCCGCCUGUCAAAAUUAGAUUUGAAAUUCCUUAUUUUACUACAUCUGGAAUUCAGGUUUGUUUUUGUUGGCGUAGUGACAGAAGACCCACAGACAGAAGACCCAAGGACAGAAUACCCACAGACAAAAGACCCACAGACAGAAGACCCACAAAGACAGAAUACCCACAGACAAAAGACCCACAAGAAAAUUUUUAA